UUUUUUUUUUUUUUUCCUUUCCCCUUGUUCUCCUUCAUAUUUCAAAUAGAGGUGCAAAGCUUGAAAUUACAACUUUCAAGCAUGGGGUACAGAAGCUUCAGCCAGUCAUACAAUUACAAUUAAGGACUGAAGUCGAAAGGCUAAAAUUGGUUGCUGAGGAGUUGGAGCCGUGAGGUUGAAAUUCUAGAAGCUCCCAAAUCAGUCUCAAAGCUGCUUAUUUAAAAUUAGUUUUUAAGAUGACCUCUCAGACCUCAUGCAGGUUACCCGCGGAACUUACUUCCACUUGGAGCUACCAUCUAAAUUGGUUCCCAAGUUUAUCACGUUGUCAUGUUUUAUGCAUGCGGACUCUCCAUGAGAAUUACGCGAGAGGUCUGUCUUCAAUACUUAGCUUGUGGGGGCCUGGAGUAUAGCUUGAGACCCAUCAACAGAACCUGUACGGUAUGAAUGAUUGUUAUUAAGUUGUUGGAAUUAAGAUUUUGAGGUUUUUCUUGGCAUUUAUUAUAUUCCAGUCUGAACUAAAAACAGUCCCAAGCUCUGGAAUUUCAUGUGAUUAUGUUCACACACCAAAGGUCAAAAUUUUGGCCAACUCAGAAGCCUUAGCCCCCUGUAUACAUCAUUGGAGUGAAGAAAUUCUUCUACGAUGCGAGAGUUCAUGUUCAUGUGUGCAAUAAUAUGCAGAAUUUGCCCAUAUGUUGGGGUUUUAGCUGUCUCUUAACUAAAAAGAACCUUGUAAUUAUAGGGUGAGAAGAAACCGAACUCUUUUUAUUAUUAUUAUUUUAUUAAUUUGAGAAUAAAAAGAAAGUUCAGUAAGCUUACAACGGUGGUAGACACAGGUAUGAUAAUCCCUUCCCGUAGUCCUCUUAUAGCAACUUAAGCCAAGCAAUGAUCAUUAUUAUCAUUUGUGUUAAAAAUAGCGACCCUUUUUUCAGUCAUUUUGGUUUUUUAUGUUCUAUUUAUUCAUGGUAGGUUAGGUACUAUGAACAGUCAUUUGUAUCUUUCUGUUCUAUAUAAAUAUAUUUUUUGGUUCUAUUUAUUUAUGUCUGGUAAGACCUUGUGGCUGUUGGUCUUGGUGGUCCAAGGCUGUAUCACUAUGUUGCUAAUAUUUUUGCUUGGGACCACUAUGUUAUGGUGCUUACAGUGAGCUCGACCCCUCAUUAAUUUAAUCUAAUGAAUGGCAUCACCGUGAGCGCGUCCUUACCACAGCAACCUGGUUUGUGGUUCCUCUUGCUUCUGUACAAAUUAUGUUUGGCAUUAAGCUUAGGGACAUUCCAGAACUAGACACUAAACUCAAGAUGGCUUUAUUGAGGUGAGGUUUUUAAAGUUGGCUUUGGAAUGGUGAGAUUGAAAAUGCCCUACUUUAAACUAGGCAUGUUGAGAUGUUAUAAUUCAAUGUAAGGGAAUCUUAUUCAGCCAUUGAAUCAAAUGGUCCUUGUCAAACCAGCACUAAUAGGGUUUACUUUUGGAGUAAAUGUGUGAAAUAGUGUCAUGUGUACUCUGCAACAGAAUGCUUUGGGAAUCUUGAAAGGGAUUGUAUUCAAGAAGAAAUGCACCUGAGGAAACUUUGGGUUAAGUUGUUCUGAGACACUAAUAUUAAAGGUGUUUUGCAUGUGUUUGGAGCCUGCCAUGGGGACAAGGACAGCCCCAUGACUGUAUUGCAGGUACAACUGUUGCAGCACUAAGGAAAAAAUGAAAUAUAGUGCAUGUCAUUUGAUUGCAACCAAACAAAACUCUACAGAGGUAAGUACUUCCAAACAAAGAAGCACUUCUUGUGACUAUUUUACUUGCAUGCCAUGUCUUCCUUGGCACUGUUGAGUGUCUCUGGCCCAUCAAAAUUUUAAUUCCAACUACUUUGAGGGCAGGUAGGUACUUAAAUCAUCUUCUUACAUUAUGGAUACUAAUUUUCUGACAAAGAUUUUGAUGUGACAAAGUGUUAAAUUGGUCGUCCACUGCUUUCAAAAUAUCUAUUAUGACCAUGGUAGGUAAUCAAAUUAAUUGGAAUUUCAUUUUAAUAAUAAAAAAGCAAAUGUAAAUAUCCAAAAAGGAAAAAAAUAAAGAAAAGGGCUCUAAAUUUACAAUUCAAUCUCUCCGAACUCUCGUGCUAAUGAGAAGUAGCUGAAGCUCUCCCAAUUCUAAAAUUCCCAAAUGGAAGAAAAGUCGAAAGAGUAAAUGAAGUAGGACUGGGGCUUCUAAGGUAAAGGUACAGGGAUAAAAAGUAAAGUGAACAGUAAUUGUGAAAGUUGAAAGCUUGCAUACAAUACAAUCUUCUCUGUGAUGAUCCAUACAGACAGUAAUAUUAAUAUAAAAUGAUACCUUGUCAUUUAUUUAAUCCCUCCAUCCUUUAUUAUAUAGAUUUCCGUAUAGAUAGAUGGCAGAGACAAUAGCUGCCACAGUGACAGUAGCUGCAGAGAGGGUGCCAGUCAUAAUAUGAGCAACAGUACACUUUCAGGAGAGAGAGAGACACAGAGAGAAAGAUGGCAGCACUUUGAUCAGAACCCUUCAUUAGUUUUAUCCAUGUACAGAAGAUUCUGCAAUGCAAAUGGUCCCUGAAAUAAAUAUACUACUACCUGCUACUCCUCAGAGCCCAACACUAGCACCCUUCUCUUCUCUCUCUCUCUGAAAACCACUGUCUCUUUCUGUGCCCUGUUUCUCUCUCCCUCAACUCUGAAACUCGUUCUGUUUCAUCUUUGUUUUCUCUUUCAAAUCUCCCUCUCUCUCUCUUACCCCUCUCCCUCUCUCUCUCUCAGUGAUGAGUGCAAGAAAUAGGUUACCCUUCACUCCCUCUCAAUGGCAAGAACUUGAACACCAAGCUCUUAUCUUCAGAUACAUGGUCUCUGGUGUGCCCAUCCCAUCUGAUCUCCUCUUCACCAUCAAAAGAAGCUUGGACUCUCCACUCUCUCCAAAGCUCAUCCUUCAAGAACCUCAGCAUAUUGGGUGGAACUGUUUUCAGAUGGGAUUUGGGAGAAAAAUUGAUCCAGAGCCAUGGAGGUGCAGGAGGACAGAUGGAAAGAAAUGGAGGUGCUCAAAAGAGGCAUACCCUGAUUCAAAGUACUGUGAAAGACACAUGCACAGAGGCAGAAACCGUUCAAGAAAGCCUGUGGAAGUUGUUAAUACUACCACUACAAACACAGCAGCAACAAUCAACUCAUUAAACACAUACCCACCAACAAUACCCAUCUCAUCAAUCACCAGGAACCCUCCUAUUAAUCCCUCUACUUUUACCCAAUCCACUACCAAUUCUCACUUGCACUCUUCUCUCUCAUCAAUCCCCUCUAAUACCCAUCACUACCUCCAUAACCAUCCUUGUUACACUAAUACCACUACUCAAAUCCACCAUCCUUACCUUUACGAUUCCCAUUCUUCUUCAAGACACCCAGGGAUUGGUCUGUCAUCUUAUGACAAUGCUUCUGACUUGCUUUUGGACUCUGGUCUUUCUUCCCAUGCAGACAAAGAUUACAGAAACAGAUAUGGUGAUGGAAUGAAAGAGGGGGUUGAUGAGCAUGCUUUGUUCUCUGAAGCUUCUGGAACUAUGACAAGUUAUUCUGGUUCAUCCAAGAAUGAUUCUUGGCAGCUGACACCACUGACAAUGGGUUCUUCACUCACCCAUUUGAAACAGAGGAGUUACUCUGGUUUACAGAAUGGAUGCUUGAACUUGCAGGUUCAAGGCCUCACUGAUGCCUCAAAUCAACAAAAGCAUGAUCAACAACAUUUCUAUGGAUUGGGUAGUCAUGAUGUCAAGUGUGAAAUGUCCUUAAAAAUUGAGAGAGAUGAUGAACCCCAGAAAGUAAUGCACCAUUUUCUUGACGAAUGGCCGCCAAGAAACAAAGAUUCAUGGCUUGAUUCGGAUGAAAAAUCGUCGACCACACAGCUCUCGAUUUCCAUACCCAACUCCUCACAUGACUUUUUCAUGAACCAUAAUGAUAAAUGAGUUAAUUCAAUAGAUCAAAGCCAGAAGAGUACUUAAAUGGUGGUGGUGGGUUAGUGCUUUUCCUCCUCUUGCUUUCCUUCUUCAUAUGACAUUUGGAUGGGAUGUGAGAACUAAGAACUUCUCUCUUUACUUUGUUUAACUAGUUGUUGGAUUGAAUUAUGUAUGCUCUUAACUGAAGGAUAAAAUGUACUACUAGUAUAUAGUAAUUUUUUUUUUUUUUUUUUUUCUUUCGGUUCUGCUUCUUUUUCUCUUUACUUUUUGCUUCUUGUUUGAGUGGCUCAGGCUAAAUCCAAGAAUUUGGCUCCACGUUUGUAUGUUUUUAUUGAAGAAGUUUUGGCCUUUUUCCA